AUGCAGGCAACAGCAGGCGAAAGCCGCAGCACCCUUGACAACCGCUUCUUCACACCGGGACGAGUCCGUCGCAAAGACCCAGAGUUCUGCGAGCUGGCAGGGCCUGAUGAGUGGCAGCUGCAGCGCGGUACGCAGCUGAGCCCACUGCAGGCAGUCUUGGUCAGUGACAGCGAGUGCUUGGGGAUUGAUGUGGAUGGGCUGCUUUGGGUUUGGCCCAUAGCAUCUCGGCCGGCCAUGGCUGACCUUGCAGCCAUCAACCUUCCCAAGCAGGUGGUAAGGUCGCGGCUGCCCAGUGCAGCUGAAGCGGAAGUUGGGGAGUUCAUGAUGAUUGAGACCGAUGGCCUCUUGGAUGGGCCGUCGAGUGUUCCCCCAUCACCCAUCUUUGAGACAGAGAGGAACGAACGGCCUGAGAUUGAAAUCGUUGGAGUCCAUGCAGUUGGAUGCGCGGCCAAAGCAGGAACCACUUGGGCCGUGGAUGAUUCAGAAGCCCGCCACCUCUGGCAAUUGAAGCGCCCUUCCAAGCCUGAUGGCGACUGGGCUGCUGAACGCUUUGAGUACGUGGCGCAGGUUUCCUGUUUCACGUGUGGCCCUGAGCACCAGGCGGCGGUUGUUAAUUACACCAUACCCCACUUCGAUGGAUCUGACGAAGGUGCAGCACAGGCUACAGCGAAGGAGCCUAAAUCCAGCGGCGUCCCCUCGCUGCAACAGCUUUGCGAGAACAAGCUGUGUGCAAAGCUUAGCCCACGCUCCUUCAGCCUCGUAUGCGAUGUUGCCUGGGAGCUGAACCGCCCUGCGCUUCUGGAUCGGGCUUUCCGUUUUCUCUGCGCCAACGCGCCGCUGAUGUUUUCAAGGCUUCAUUUGCCGAUGCUCUCUCAGCUGCCCAUCGAGGUGCUCGCUGCCUUUGAAGUUGCCGCGCGAGCGAGGCAGAAAGCUCAGUCCAGGCAACCACUGGGGGCCCUUGUCCCGCCGGAGCCGGCCUCGGACCCCUGCGCGGCUCCACAGGCUGACUACGAAACCUUCAUGGGCUUAGGGGAGGCCUUUGAGGACCGACUGGAUGACGAGGAGGCACUGAAGCAGAUCCAGGAGUGCUGCCGAACCGGGGAGUGGUCUUCGGUCGCCUCGCAGGCACUGUCUGUGCUGGCAGUGUCCCUUCCAGGGACCGCUGCUGGUGAAGGUCCAUCUGCCUCGCGGCUGGGCCUGGACUUCUCUGCUGUAGAGGUGGAGGACUUGAAAGUGGAGCAGAAGGCAGAGGCCGACUCACGGAAGAAGCGCAAGGCUUCUGCAGCUGCUUCACCCGCAAUUCCGCAGAAGGCUUCACCCGCAUCGUCCAAAGCAUCGCCCAAAUCCACUGCUGUGUCACCUUUCCUUCAGCCGGAGAAGAGCAGUCCGAGCAUUGAGGCACAAGAUUGGGUCGAGGUCCGCAACAAGCCUCCGCGCAAAGGCAGCGAGCAGCUGAGUUCGCAGAUAAGCCCAAAGGCCAAGGCAGCUGAGUCCCCGAUCUUGGUGGCCAAAGGCGGGAAGAAGGGCGAGGCCAAACCUGCUGCGAAGGCCUCCGGCUUGCCGGUUGAUGAAGGCAGCUCUGCACGGAGCCUUCGCCUGUCUGACUUCAUCAAGCCUGCACGGGAAAAGGGCAAAGGUAAGGCCCAGCCAGCCCAGCCAACCCAAGCCCAGCACGGGCAGCGUGUUUCAGUGCCCGAGGAGUCUGCGGGCACAGGGCCAUCUCCCAUGCUGGUGUCCGCCGUGUCCGCCGUGGAGUCGACCAAGGAGAAGCGGGCCUCCUGGGCACCCACCUCAGGGUCCUCGGAGAUCAUUGAGGAGGCCCGGCAAGCCAAGAGCAAGGUGACCGGGCAGCGGAACCAGGCGAAGAUCACAAGCAGCUCCUGGGGCCGCGAUACAAUCCCUUCAGAGCAACCGAAGAACCAGUCUAUCCACCAAAUACAGGAAGAGGAGGAGCACAUCCGACAGCAGGAUGAGAUCGCUGAGAUUGAGGCCAUGUUUGCCGCCUUGGAGGUGGCUGAGAUGCAAGAGGCCUUGGAGCGGGAGGGCAUCAGCAGCGCUGAGUCGAAGCCCAAGAAGCCUGGCAGCAAAGCCUCUGCCACAGGGCAGCGCUCCGAAGGACAGUCCAAGGCCCGCUCCGAAGAUCGUGGCCGAAAGCAGCGGGGGAGGAACGCCCGCCAGGGCUCCAACUCUGAUUGGUGGUCGCAGAGCUGGUCUGACGCCAGCUGGGGUGGAGGCUGGUGGGAGUCUGGAAAGCAGACGCACUGGCAGAAGCGACCGGUCCCCGAAGAUAGAGCUGUAGAAGCUGAGGGACAGGCGUAA